AUGACCUCCUGGAGCUUGUUGCCUGUUGUCCUGGUUCUGCUCUGCUCCAACAUCCUCUGCUCCCUGGGUUGUGACCUGACUCAGGGACUCCAGGAAGACUUCUUACUUCUGAACCAAAUGAGCACAUCUUCCCUGGUGCCAUGUCUGAAGGACGGGACCAACUUCAACUUCCCAAAGGAAGCCCUGGAUGGAAGCCAACUCCAAAAGGAAAAUGCCACAGUCAUUGUUCAUGAGAUGGUCCAGCAGAUCUUUAUUCUCUUCAGUCAAAAUACCACCCCUGCCACUUGGAAUCAGACUCGGGUCAUUCAACUGCUUAUUGGGCUAGAUCAACAGCUAGAACAGCUAGAGAGGUGUCUUGAGCAGGAUGUGGAGUGGGAAGAGUCUUCCUUGGGAAGUGAAAACCCAAGGCUGGCCUUGAAGAGCUACUUCCAAGGAAUAAGCCAGUAUCUGCAUAGUAAAGUAUAUAGCCACUGUGCCUGGGAGAUUGUUCGAGUAGAAAUCAGGAGACUCUUUCUGUUCAUGAAUAAACUCACAAGAAAUCUUAGGAAUUGA